AUGUACGAGCUCGCGUCGGACGCAUCGCAUUGCGGCUUCGAUUCGGUCCGACUGUCGGUGUUCAGAUGGUCCGACACCAAGGACAUGGACGUCUAUGAACGAAAGUUGCUGAACGUCAAAGGCAAGGAUUUAGAAGGCGCGAUUUGUGCGAGCACAAUCUGUCGUGAUGGCCUCGCAUGUGAGUGCCUACUGCCUCGUGGAGUCGGGAAGCUGCGAGCCGGAGUUCAGCCAGAGAUGACCGUCUCAGUACCCAUGCAACCAGGAGGUUUCGUGGAAACCACUCCGGUGCAAAACGAAGCUGCCAGCUGCCCAAAAUCAGAUCACCAAGCUGAAGGGCGGCUACAAUUGGUGACAGAUGAGAAUGCGGUGUUCGGAAACAUCACCAAGUUUCUAUCGGUGGAGAUGUACUCGGGUGGCCACGUUUACGCUCUGGUAAGCCACCUUUUUUAA